AUGGUGUGCGUGUCUGCUCUGUUUGCUGGAGUGGGGUCAAUGACGAGCGUGUGUGUUGCAGGGGUGCUGGCGAAGCUGGAGGAGGAGAGGGAGGCGCAGAAGAGGUACUGGGAGGAGCACUCCAGGGACCUCACCGUCGAGGCCAUGAUGCUCGACUCCCGCGCCGCCGAUCUAGACAAGGAGGAGCGCCCCGAGAUACUGUCUUUACUUCCUUCAUAUGAAGGAAAAUCAGUGCUGGAGCUUGGUGCUGGAAUAGGUCGCUUUACUGGUGAACUGGCUAAGACAGCUGGGCAUGUCCUCGCAAUGGAUUUCAUUGAAAGCGUGAUUAAAAAGAAUGAAAGCAUAAAUGGCCAUUACAAAAAUGCAUCCUUCAUGUGUGCUGAUGUUACAUCUCCGGACCUGGUGAUUGAGGAUAACUCCAUCGAUCUCAUAUUUUCAAACUGGUUACUGAUGUAUCUUUCGGACGCGGAGGUUGAGAAGCUUGUAGAAAGAAUGGUUAAAUGGCUAAAAGUUGGUGGCCAUAUCUUCUUUAGAGAAUCAUGUUUCCAUCAAUCUGGAGACUCAAAAAGGAAAGUGAAUCCGACACAUUAUCGUGAACCAAGGUUUUAUACUAAGGUAUUUAAAGAGGGCCAUGCCAUUGAUCAGAGUGGGAACUCCUCUGAACUUUCUCUACUCACUUGCAAGUGCGUUGGAGCUUAUGUGAAGAACAAGAAGAAUCAAAACCAGAUAUGUUGGCUAUGGCAAAAAGUCAACUCAACAGAAGAUCGGGAUUUCCAAAGAUUCUUGGAUAAUGUGCAGUACAAAAUCAGUGGAAUAUUACGCUAUGAGCGUGUUUUUGGGCAAGGUUUUGUGAGCACUGGUGGAAUUGAGACUACAAAAGAAUUUGUGGACUUGCUCGAUCUUAAACCUGGGCAGAAGGUGCUUGAUGUUGGAUGUGGAAUCGGUGGUGGUGAUUUUUAUAUGGCCGAAAACUAUGAUGUUCAUGUUGUUGGUAUUGAUCUUUCCAUAAACAUGGUUUCAUUUGCACUUGAGCAUGCUAUUGGACGCAAGUGCGCAGUCGAGUUUGAAGUUGCUGAUUGCACCACAAAGACAUACCCAGACAAUACAUUUGACGUUAUCUACAGCCGUGACACUAUCCUUCACAUACAAGAUAAACCUGCUUUGUUUAGAAGUUUCUUCAAAUGGCUAAAACCUGGGGGUAAGGUCCUAAUCAGUGAUUACUGUAGGAGUCCAGGAAAACCAUCUGAAGAGUUUGCGGCAUACAUUAAGCAGAGGGGUUACGACCUUCAUAACGUAGAGACUUAUGGACAGAUGCUACAGAAUGCUGGUUUCCAUGAUGUCGUUGCUGAAGACCGCACUGAUCAGUUCCUGAAAGUUUUACAGAGGGAGCUAGCCGAAGUUGAAAAGAACAAAGAUGAAUUUCUGGCUGACUUCGGCCAGGAGGACUAUGAUGACAUUGUGACUGGGUGGAACGCGAAACUUCAGAGGAGCUCUGCUGGUGAGCAGAGGUGGGGGCUGUUCAUCGGGACCAAGUGA